AUACAUCAAAUUGUCCAUCUAAUGGAAGUUUACUAGAUUAACUAAAUCAAAUGAUGCACUUGUUUCUUUUAUUCAUACCACAUGUUAUAGCCGUUAAGGAUCUUGCUUGGUAUUCUGCAAAUCCGGUGCUGAGCUCAUCACAUCCAGUAGGCCCAGCUGCUAUACAAGCAGCGACAGCCAUCGACUUCUGUCAGCUACCAGUCGACACUGGAAAGUGUUCUCAACAACUUGUGCGCUAUUAUUAUGACGCGGCAGUCGAUGAAUGCAAGCGAUUCACUUUUUCAGGUUGUGGAGGUAAUUCAAAUAGGUUUAUGAGAAGGGCGCAUUGUCGGAACAGAUGUGUGAAGCAGCCCAAUAAACCUGAGGUUCAAGAACUGAAACAUAGAAGGACAGUGACUUCGACGACAUCGACACCAUUUCAAACAGUUAACGAGGAAAGUACAGUUGAACCGUCAGCAACAAAACGAUUGCCUGUGACGUUACCUGUGAAAAAAUUGGAACUUGUUCAGGUACGGAUUUUCAACAAGACUGAAUCAAGUUUUCAGUCGGGUCAUGGAAAUGGUUUGUGCCAAGAUUGCGAUCCACUCUAUGGAACUUGCUUAGACGGAAAAUGUGGAUGUAUGAAAGGCUUCCGAUCUCUUGGAAAAGUCUGUAUUGAUCUCAAUGAAUGUGAUAAUGGAGCGGUUUGUGGUCCGAAUGCCCGAUGCGUGAACGAAAUUGGGUCAUUUCAAUGUGUUUGUGACGCUGGGUUUAGUACCGAUGGGGAUUGUAAAAUCGGGCAAGAGGCAUGUAUGGAUGAAUUUGAUGUGAAUUUAACUGAAGAAGAUUGCAACAAUGGGAAACAGGAAAUCAAAUAUUACUAUGAUGCUGAUAGUGUUCAAUGCAAACAAUUUUUCUAUGGUGGAUGCAAGACAACUUCGAGAAAUUUUUUUGCGGAUUUACAGACUUGUGAUGUUAUUUGUGUGUCCAAUCAAAGAGACUAUUUAAAGUCAAAAGGUCAAUCUCUCUCGCACCAUCCAGUUCUCGAAAUUUCAUCUGAUCUCAAUAAUGGAAACGAUUUGAAAAGUAAUCAUUACAAAAUUGAUUUAUUCUCGUCACCUUCGUCACCAGUGACACCAAACCGCCCGUUAUCAGCUGAUGACUGGCCGCUGAAACCGAUUACAUUGAAGCCAGCACUGAAUCUUGACUUUUCACAAGGAAAGACAAAAUCAACAGCUGAAAAACACAAAGAAGCAGAUGAUGCGGAAAUCUUGGUACAUCAGUUGACACCAGAACAUAAUUCUUGUGACCUCAAAUUUGAGCCCGUCCUUCGAGAAGAGUGCAUUUCAGCCGAUUGGGCAGAAAAGUUUUUCUGGAACUCAGAGUUUAAGGAUUGUGAGCCAUUCUGGUAUGACUCUUCAUGCGAUCCACGUGACCGAGCUGGGAAGAACUUUUUCGAAACUUUUGAAGAUUGCAAAAAUAAAUGUGAUGGCGUCCAAUCUCAAUAUGUGGUACCAAUUACAACUGUUCCCGAUGAACAAAGCAAAAUUGAGGAAGUUGAAACAUCAGAAACACCUGGAAUUGUUGAUGAGACUACAACUACAGCAGCCCCGGAAGAGGAAAGCGAGGAGAACGGAUUUUUCUUCAAAGUAAAACCACAAAACUAUCUGGAAGAUGUUUUGAGUUCCGAGACAGAGGAAACUCAACAUUAUGGGUUCAAUCCCAACGAGUUUUUGAAACAAAAUUCUCAAAAUCAGAAACCUACCGAGAUUACUGAGAUACUGAGAAUUCUUCCCGCUCAAACUGAACACGACGAGGCUUCUGAGUUGAAGAAAGAAGAUAAAAUUGAGCACGAUAUUUUGGAACAUCUUAAAAAUAAAGAGCCCACUGAAAAAGUGUUAUCAACUCCGUCAACUUGUGAUUUGGAAUAUGACGAUGCCUUGAGAAAUGAAUGCACUUCGGCAGACUGGACCGAGUUGUACUAUUGGAAUGCACAGUUCAAGGAAUGCGAAGCAUUUUGGUACGAUUCCUCUUGUGGAGAUCAAGAUUUUAGCAAAAAAAAUUUGUUCAAGAAUUUCGAUGAUUGUAAUAAUCAAUGUGUGAAGAAAAUUGGAGAAGCUUUAAAAAAAAUGGAUCCUGAAACAACUACAACAACAUCCACUACUACAACUACUACUACUGCACCUACCACAACAAAAAUGGAAGAACCUAAACGUUCCAACUACAAGCAAAGUGAUCCAUUAAACUUAAUUUUGAAUAAAGCUCUAAAUCCGGAUGAGUCCUCAGAAUUACCAGAGAAGUUUCCGCCAGCUCACGAGCAAGGCUUCGUUAACUUCGCAAUAAAAUCAGAAGUCACAGCUACUACUAAAUUCGACAGAUUGAAAUACAUGGCUGAGUUCAGAAAGAAAUUACUGGCACUUCCUGAUAAUUUUUCUACAACUCCAAAACAAUCUUCUCCUACUUCUUCUCCUACCACAACUCGUAUGCGCAGUCCUUCCACUCACAAGUCAACUGUCUCACAAGCUACAAAGACUGCAUCUUCCACGCCGCAAAGUCCUUCGACCACUACAAGCUUUGAUGACUUUGUUGAGAAAGAGAAGAAAACUGUUCUAGAGACUAUAAAGAUUCUAGAUCGCCCAGAGGAUCUUUGCGACGAGCCCCUUCAUCCAAAGCUUGAGGAAGAUUGCAAAAAUGAUCAGUGGGAAAUUCAGUGGUUUUUCAAUUCUGAUCGAGGUGCUUGCAAGUCGUUUUGGUACGGAGGUUGCGAGAUUGAGAGUAGAAACUUCUUUCCUGAUCAUGCGAACUGUCGACAUUCCUGUGCUCACAAGUAUGCUACACCUGCAAGUUUCUCAUCGAAAGUUUACAUUCCGCCCGGCGAGUUGAGCACUCCUGUUCCUCCCCGUAAAGAUCGUCUUACCACUAGCCUGAAGCUUACUUACCCUCACUCCGAAGAUUUGUUUCCUUCAGAAGAACACUCAACAGUAGUUGAACUAGACGGGAAUUUCCAGCGUACAGAAAAACAGGAACGCAUACGCCUUUUUCCAACAAAAACAUUUAGACCAAGAGCCCCUACGCCAACUGCUUCAAAUAUUGUCAAUGUUUCUGAAGGAGAAAAAACUGAAACGGCUCCAGCCUUCUACAGCCAUAUUGAUCGAGUCGUCCACGACAUGAAAACAGGAGAACACCCGGGAUAUACAAAACCAGAAGAGUUUGUAAGAAGAAUUGAAUCUGCGAGCAAUGACUAUAUCAAAUAUGACUUGCAAAAACCAGACGUAGUUACUAUUAUCGACAAAUCUCCACCUACGGUACCAUCAAGAAAAGAAAGAACUGAAAGAACAGAAGUAACCACAAAAUUACCAUCGACUCGAUCAAUAAAUGAUCCAUGCGAUGACGAGUAUGAUCCGAAAUGGGAUGAAGACUGUCUAGGGGACACUUGGGUUGUCAGAAGCUAUUACGAUUCGAAGGCUGAAAAAUGCAAAGCUUUUUGGUAUGGAGGAUGCCACACUAGUAGCAGAAAUAUUUGGUUUGAUAAGGAGACAUGUCGAACUUCGUGUGCUCACAAAUUCCCCACCGACAUGCCCAUGUAUGGAGGUGCACAAUCUUCGGAAGUGUCUGCCGAAAUUUUGCCGUCUCCUCAAGAAGAAAAUUCAUCGAAAGAAACUUCAUCAUCGUCUUCGUCUUCAUCUUCUUCUAACACGGCACACAUCUCACCGGAGCAUCGAUUCAAAGUGGACCUCGAUCAGAAGUUUGCUGAUGUUAAACGGGAACAUGAGGGCAGAGAGGAUUUAGCAUAUUCGCAAAUGGUUCAGCAUCCUGUUACAGUUUCAGCUGAUUGCUUAGAAGUGUACAAUGCAAGUUUGUCAAAACCGUGUGGAGAUGGAAAAUCUUGGAGCAACAGAUAUUUCUACGACAAAGACACUCGCUCUUGUCGCAUGUUUUGGAGCAACGGAUGCUUCAGCUCAUCGAAAAACAAUUUUGAUGACUUAGAAACUUGCCAGUGGAAGUGUGAAGGAAGACAUCCACAACCUGCAGGAAAAUCUUGUUUGGACAAAUUUGAUGAACGAUAUCUGGAGGACUGUAGACAUGGAGAAUUUACGAAUCGAUUUUAUUUUGAUCAUGACCGGAAGAAGUGUGUUGCAUUCCAUUGGGGAGGCUGUCAAUCGAAAUCGCAAAACUUUUUCGCUGAUAUGACAGUUUGCCAAGAUCUCUGUGAAUCUCCACCGAGAGAGUUGACACAAGCUUGUCUGCAACCAUUCGAUACCACGUAUGAGACAUCGUGCUCAGCUGAGAAACCUCAGCAAUAUUACUAUUUUGACAUGUCUUCUGGAAUUUGCAAAAUGUUCUGGUUUGGAAAUUGCAAGGGAGAGAAUCAAAACAUCUUUAGCACCUUGGAGGCUUGCCAAUGGAUCUGUGAGAGAAAACGUGACGAAAGGAAACCAGCAAUUUGUGCUGACAAGUUUGACACAAAGUACACGGAAUCUUGCGGAGACUCUCAAUGGACUGAGAAAUGGUAUUUCGAUCAAUCAUCCGGAGACUGUUCAUCGUUCUGGUGGGAUGAAUGCACUUCCUCGUCUCAAAAUAUUUUCCCAGAUGAGAAGUCGUGUACCUCAAAUUGCAAACAUCCUGGAUUUGAAAUUUCGUCAAAGCUGGCUACAGAGGAAUCAAAAUUCAGAUGCCUUGAGCCGGUUGAAAUCGGAUCUUGCCAAGAAACAUAUCCUGCAUUUUACUACGACCGAGCGUCACGUACGUGUCGUCCAUUUGCCUAUUCUGGUUGCGGAGGAAAUUCGAAUCGUUUCAUGACAGUUUCUCAGUGUGAAAACUUGUGUUUUGCAUUUAAUUCGAUGAAUGAAGCCGAAGUAGACUGUCAUCUUCCCAUGCACAUUGGUUAUGGAAAGAAUGAGGACAGUUGCCUGCCGCAAGCCGGAUUCAGAUUCUAUUAUGAUAGGAAUUAUGGUAAAUGUUCCCAGAUGUGGUAUCUGGGUUGUGGUGGGAAUGCGAACAAUUUCUACUCGUAUGAAAUCUGCCAGCGAACAUGCUCACAGUCAGACGUGCCUCGGGAACUGGAACGAAAGACUCGAGCAAGCAGCGAGGUUUGUUUCGAGCCUCCGGGAGAUCGUGGCAUUUGCGGUAAGAACUCAAGCACCAAUCCACUUAAACGAUGGACAUAUGGUAAUCAGAAAUGUACAUCAUUUACUUAUUCUGGCUGCGGAGGAAAUCGAAAUAGAUUUGCAACACAGGAUAUAUGUGAAAAUACAUGUAAUGGGCUUAUGAACAGUAAUGACCCUCGUAUUUGCUCGUUCUCGCCCGAUUGGGGUUCUUGUAAUCAGCUUCGCUAUGUUUGGUUCUACAAUUUGACCCGUGGAACCUGCGAUCAAUUUCUUUACGGUGGCUGUGGAGGAAAUCCAAAUCGCUUCGACACUUUUGAAAUUUGUCAAAAAGCGUGUGAAGUCACUGGAACAGAUCCGUGUAUGGAAUCUUUGGAUCGUGGAAGUUGGUGUGAGGCAAUGUCAAAUAGAUAUUAUUUUAACAAGAGAGCACGCCAAUGCAAAGGAUUUCACUACACCGGGUGUGGAAAAAGUGGAAAUAAUUUUUUGACAAAAGAAGAGUGUCAGACAAAAUGUGAGAAACGUUUUCCGCGUGCAGCGCCGUCAAAAAAGAAGGCGAAGGUUAAACUACCAGUUGGAUAUUCCGGUGCAAAGCCGAAAGAUAAAACGCCAAUGCUACGGCACAUCAAUUUGAAUGGAAAUAAUCAAACAUAUUUCAAAUCCGAGCCUCAAUGGAUGGACUAUUCCUCUUGUUAUGGUUACAGGUACAAUGUAACUGGACGAGACACUAUUCUGAAUGUUCAUUAUUGUGCAAUUCGUGGCUCUGCAGACUGCAUCAGUGAAAGUUAUAGGUCUACGGAGGGGGAGGAGUACUGUAAUAUCUUGAGACCAUUUCUACGAGGCCAAAACUUAUACUCUUUCUAUUUUGGAUUAGAUUCAGUGAAUCCAAUGUACCGCCCAAAGGAUGGGCUCUCCGGAAGAAUUCAACGGAAAAACGAAACGAUUGCUGCCGUUCUUGUAUUGAAAGCUAACCAGUGCCAUGAAAUUUGCUAGCAUUUUUCUAAGUUAAUUAUUUGAAAUUGUCAUUCAAAUUCAUAGAACUCAAUAAAUUUAUUUGUUUUAAAAU